CUUGCUUUGCUUGUAUUCCAUCUCUAUCAAUUCUACUCCCACUCGGUUGCUUUUGUGAGUGUUCAACAGGCAAGAGGGAGAAAAAAAAUAAAGAAGCACUGAAAACAGAGAGGGGAACCACGUGACUAUUGGGCGGGGGUGGCUACCAACAAUUCGCAUGCUCAGAACUCCACAGGCUACAGCAUCACACAACGAGCCGGGCUGAUCAACGUUUCAGACCGAUUUGUCGUUCCAUCGUGUGCAUGUAUUUUCACUGGAAAAACAUAGACAGUUGGUCAAAGUGAUUAUAUGAAUUAAAAGUACAUGCUCUUGACAUUAUUUAGUGCACUACAUAUUUUGAUAUUGUUCAUUGACAAAGCUAAAACAUCAUUCAUAACUUAUUAUUCAUUAUUUUUUCAUAAAACUUACAUUUUUGAAGCAGAUUGAUUAUUCCUGUCUUUCAUCAUCAUCUUUUUUUAUUGGGAUUGUGGAAUAUUUUAGUGAAUAAAUCAAUUAAAAAAACACUAUUACAUUGUUAUUAAAUAUUUGUAAAAUAUUAACGUGGACUACAUCAUGUUUUACAAGCUGAGAAAAGUGAGAGAGAAGUGAAACAGAGACGAGUAUCACACAAACUAAAAUUACGUAUGCUCAGGUUGAGUGAUAUGUUAACCGAGGAUAAUGACCCGACGAAACCAGGAGGGGUGUUAGAUAAUACUAGCAAUGUUUCAUCGUCGACGGAAACUUCAGUGCAACACCCUCAAAGUGUCAACACUGAAACAGAGGUCAAGAACGAAGUGCAAGACUGCUCGGAUACCGAUAAUGUGACCGGUGGUGAACUUUACGUUGAUGAAAACAUAAAUGACAAAGGUCAUGAAUACCAUGAUUCAAUGGAGAAAACGGAUUACAGUACUUUUUAUGGAGCCAAUCAGUAUUAUAACAGUUAUUGCAGUCUUUACAAUUCUCCCACAUACGGAUCAGUAUCAAAAAAUCCAUCAAGUUUGCAAACAUCCUACCUGAGUUCUUAUACGACGCCAAGUCCCAUGGCUCAAUACGCUUCUUAUCCUGCCUACAAUACUGGUGGAUCAACUUUUUCUCCUGUUAGCCAAAAUAUUACUUCAGCAACACAAAAACUAGAUUAUAGUGCAUAUGGUAGUACUUGUCUCUAUGGCAAUGAUCGGAUGCCUCUGCAAUACUCUGGAUACUACUCAAUGCCAGGAUAUCAUACCACUCCAACUUCAUUUAACAUUGGAAACCUCAAUUUUACUGAAAGCACAAACAAAACCAGCCUUGCGUUAGAUACGACGCCACGCGAUGUGGCCAGUGAUCUUUCAGCUCGAGAAACAGCAACAAUAGAAGGUACGUCAGCGAAACCCUGCAGGCGCGGUAGACGUCAAAGCGGAAGUGGAAAUAGUAUUGGUUCAGCCGACACAACGGAAAGCGGUACAGAUCGAAUAUUCAUUUGGGAUCUAGAUGAAACCAUAGUUGUGUUUCAUUCCCUCAUUACUGGACAGUUUGCAACGAAGCAUGGCAAGGAUCCUGCGCUGUUAGCACAGCUGGCCUACAGGAUGGAAGAAAUGAUAUUUAAUUUAGCGGACACUCAUUUCUUCUUCAAUGACGUUGAGGAUUGUGAUCAAGUACACAUUGAUGAUGUAUCGUCAGAUGAUAAUGGUCAAGAUUUAUCAUCUUACAAUUUCGCAGCUGAUGGAUUUCAAUGCGCUUCAGCUAAUAAUGGAAUUUGUUUGGCUUCUGGUGUUCGUGGUGGUGUAGAUUGGAUGCGAAAGCUGGCCUUUCGCUACAGAAAAAUCAAAGAAAUUUACUGCAAUUAUAGGAACAAUGUUGGUGGAUUGUUGGGUGCCAAACGAGAGCAGUGGCUUCAAUUGAGAUCAGAAAUUGAACUUUUAACUGAUAAUUGGCUUACAUCUGCUGUUAAAUGCCUAACUCUCAUCAGUAAUCGAACCCACUGUGUCAAUAUACUUGUUACGACUACUCAACUUGUGCCAGCACUUUCCAAAGUUUUACUCUUUGGUUUAGGAGGACUUUUUCCUAUUGAAAAUAUUUAUUCUGCAACUAAAAUUGGCAAAGAAAGUUGCUUUGGACGUGUAGUAGCAAAAUUUGGACGUCGUUGUACCUAUGUCGUUAUCGGCGACGGUUCUGAUGAGGAAACAGCUGCACGGGCGCACAAUUUUCCCUUUUGGAGAAUAAAUAGUCAUUCAGAUACUCAGGCUCUUUAUAAUGCCCUAGAAAUGGGUUUUCUUUAACGUACAAAUAACAAUUAUUGUACGUUAAUAAAAAUUCACCCCUUUAUUCUUUUAUCUUUCUUGCACUUCCUCUAUUUUUCUUUUCUUGACAAUUUGUUGAUUGGAAAAUUACAAUAAUGGAGAACUAUCCAAACCUUUUUGCACUUGAAUUAAUCGUAAUUAUUAUUUAUUUACCUAGAAAUUUUUAUAAAUUAUUAUAUUGAAGAAUGGAGUUGAUGAAAUUUUCUAGUGAAUGAUUGACUUAUCCAGGGUCUAUAAGUGAUGAAAAGAGAAUAUUUGAAAGUAAUUUAAAAAUUUAUCUACUGUGAAAAAAAGAAAAAUCAAGUGAGAUAUAACGAGCUUUUAUGUGUAUAGAGAAAUAAUAAAUUAUAUGACUUAAAAAAUUAUUUUCCGAAUACUUAAAAAA